AGUUCUACCCAUUGUGACAACUCUUGUCUCACAAGUCACCAUCCCUACCUACCAUCUGGGAUGAAGCUGUAGGGAGCCUCGCCUAGAAAAGGGAACCCCUCCAUGGACUCCUCACCCCUUCAAAAACACAAGGGAGCUUCUAGAAACCAAGGCUUAUUGACAGGUCCAGAAAGGGGCACAUCAGUAAGUGGUCCUGCUGCUAUGGCCACUGGAGCAAAGGAUCAUCGACAAAGCCAUACCCAGACCCAGCUCCAGGUGCCCAACCGUCUGAUCCAUGAGAAGUCACCUUACCUACUACAACAUGCCUACAACCCUGUGGACUGGUUCCCAUGGGGACAAGAAGCUUUUGAUAAAGCCAAGAAUGAAAACAAACCAAUUUUUCUUUCAGUUGGCUAUUCAACUUGUCACUGGUGUCAUGUGAUGGAGGAGGAAUCAUUUCGGAAUAAGGAGAUCGGACAUAUACUCAGCGAGGACUUUGUGAGUGUGAAGGUAGAUCGAGAAGAGCGUCCUGAUGUGGACAAAGUAUACAUGACCUUUGUGCAGGCCACCAGUAGUGGUGGGGGCUGGCCCAUGAAUGUGUGGCUGACACCUGACCUCCAACCAUUUGUGGGGGGGACAUAUUUCCCUCCCGAGGAUGGAUUAACACGUGUUGGUUUCCGAACUGUCCUCCUGAGGAUCCGUGAUCAGUGGAAACAAAACAAGGCAAUGCUAUUAGAAAACAGUCAACGGGUCACCGCCUCCCUGUUGGCCAGGUCUGAGAUCACUGUGGGAGACCGAGAGCUCCCUCCCUCUGCCUUAGUAACCAGCCAACGAUGUUUCCAGCAACUAGAAGAGGUCUAUGAUGAAGAGCAUGGCGGUUUUGCAGAGGCCCCCAAAUUCCCCACACCUGUGAUCUUAGGCUUCCUGUUCUCUUAUUGGGUCACUCAUCGAAUGACCUCUGAUGGUUUUCGAGCCCAGCAAAUGGCCAUACACUCACUGAAGAUGAUGGCAAAUGGAGGCAUCCGAGACCAUGUGGGACAGGGUUUUCACCGCUACUCCACUGACCGUCAGUGGCACAUCCCUCACUUUGAGAAGAUGCUCUAUGACCAGGCCCAGCUGGCAGUAGCCUACACACAAGCCUUCCAGAUCACAGGAGAUGAAUUAUUUUCUGAUGUUGCCAAAGGCAUCCUACAGUAUGUGAGCCAGAACUUGAGCCAUCCGUCUGGAGGCUUCUACAGUGCAGAAGAUGCAGAUUCUGUGCCUGAGGGGGAAGUGAAGCCCAAGGAAGGAGCCUAUUACCUGUGGACAGUGAAUGAAAUCAAAGACCUACUUCCAGAGCCUGUAGAAGGCACCACUGAGCCAUUGACUCUUGGUCAACUCUUCAUGAAGCAUUAUGGGGUUACAGAGACAGGCAACAUUGGAGGCACCCAGGACCCCCAUGGAGAGCUGCAGGGCCAGAAUGUGCUGACGGUGAGAUACUCAAUGGAUCUCACCGCUGCUCGCUUUGGCCUGGAAGCAGAGACUGUGCGGAAUCUGCUAGAUACUGGACGCGAGAAGCUCAAACAGAUCCGAAAACGUCGAUCUCAUCCCCGAUUGGACAUCAAGAUGCUUGCUGCCUGGAAUGGAUUAAUGGUAUCUGGCUUUGCAGUAGCAGGGGCUGUGCUGGGCAAAGAGGAGCUGAUCAACCAGGCCAUUGAUGGGGCCAAGUUUUUGAAGAGGCACCUCUUUGAUGUCAGUAGUGGACGACUUCUUCGGGGGUGCUACGCAGCCAUUGGGGGAACUGUGGAGCAGAGUCCCUCACAGUUCUGGGGCUUUCUAGAAGACUACGCUUUUGUGAUCCGAGGUUUGUUGGACUUAUAUGAAGCCUCCAGGGAAUCUGCAUGGAUGGAAUGGGCACUGAGGUUGCAGGAAAUACAGGAUAGGCUCUUCUGGGACAGCCAAGGAGGAGGCUAUUUCUGCAGUGAGGCCGAACUAGGAGGCAACCUUCCUCUUCGGCUCAAAGAUGAUCAGGAUGGCUCAGAGCCCAGUGCUAACUCGGUGUCUGCCCACAACCUACUGCGGAUUCACAGUUACACUGGCCGAAGGAACUGGAUGGACAAGUGUGUCAAGCUGCUAACUGCCUUCUCUGAUCGGCUUCGGAGGGUCCCUGUGGCACUGCCAGAGAUGGUCCGGGCUUUGAGUAUGCAGCAGCAGACAAUGAAGCAGAUUGUCAUCUGUGGGAACCCCCAGAGUCAAGACACCAAGGCUUUGAUCGACUGUGUCCACUCAAUCUAUAUGUCCAACAAAGUGCUAAUCCUCUAUGAUGGAGAGCCUUCCAGCUUCCUUGCCCGACAGUUACCGUUCCUCACCAGGCUUCAAAAGGUAGAGAACCAAGCCACAGCUUACGUAUGUGAAAAUGAGGCUUAUUCCUUGCCUGUCACAGAACCUGCUGAACUUCGAAAACUGUUGCUCCUAUGAAUGACUGAUCUUUGAUCGUGGGCCCUUGGGGCUCUGGGAGGGGUCUUUGAACAUCCAAUCUAUAGAUGAACCCAGAAGGAGGGGGCAAUCAAAAGUGAGGCACUGACUCAACAGGAGCCCUGCAUCAAUCUAUUAACCCAUGGUGACCUCACAGCGUCAUGGGUGAUUCUCCUUCCUGAUUCCUACCUAUCCUACUGACCCUAAGGUGACCCCAUGGACUCCAUGGAAUAAACCCCUGGGCCCCAACAGUUUUUUGCAGUGACCUUGGAGUCAACUUCGGGAACUCCUCUUGUGGGAAGAGGAGGAGGGAGGGGGUAUUUUAGAAUCCUAGUCCCUGCCCCUGAGAGUGCAGGAAGAUUCCAGGUCCAUUGACCCACCAUCCCAACCCAUGGGGGUGAACCACUUGAGUUUACAUUCCACACAUUUACACUCCACACACUCACUCAUCUACUCACCCUAAUGCUUCUUCUUCCUCUUAAGAUCCACCUCCUUUAGUUAUCCACGCAGCCAUUCAUCAAGUCACAAAAUAUCAAGGUGGAAAGGGACCCCAGAGGUCAUAGGAUUUAGAACUAGAAGGGACCUAGUUCAUCCAAGCCUUCCAUUGAUAUGGAAUUCCCUAAGUUCUUGAGAUAUAGCCUAUUCCAUUUGGGAACAACUCUGACUACUAGGAGGUUUUUCCUUCUGUCAAGCAGAGAUCUCUGCCCUCCAAUAACUCCUUAGUUCUGACCUCUAAAGCCACCUAAAACAAGACUAGAGCCUCUUCCAUU